GAAAGGGAGGAGGAGGAGAGAGUGAGAGAGAGCAGAGGGUGACCAAACGGAGGGAGGGAGGGGGAAACGGCGUAUGCUUGUAUACAACCCUGAUUUCCAUUUUUUUCCCAACUCGUAAUGUAUUUAAUUCAAGUGAAACGUAAUCAUGACGUGUCGUGUCAUUAAUCUCCUCGCCGCCUCUCCCGAAACUAGAGAAAGAGGCUGCCUCAGAAGUGUAUCCACCCUUGGCCGGGACACUAAAGAAUGGCAUAAAAUCACACACACUGCUGAGGAUGGAUUCUCCACCAGAGUGUGUGUUGUCUCUUACUUGUGAGCAGCCCCAGUCUCCCCAGACGCUGCCGUCUCUCGACCACAGCCCUCAAGCUUCCUCUCCACUACCGGACAGCCCGGUUGUCCUGCCCAUCCCCAGCCCCGAACCAUCCCCGCACAGUCCUGACACCACGCCGUAUUUCCCCCUCUCUCCCUUCCCCCUUCAAGAGGUCAACAAUAACGACUGCCUUGAUCUCGACGGAGAAGAUUGCGAAGAAGAGCUGGAUGGAAUUCCUCCGUCCCCGACGCCAGCAGUAGCUUUGUUUCCUGGAGGAAGCACUCAAGAUGCGGGAUGCGAGCCCGGUUUGGAUUCCUCCCCACCAGACACUCCGUCGGCUCCCUUCCUCGGGUACGGUGCCCUCGAGUUGGCCCUCUCUUCAGGACACGGUGGAAACUGCAGCGAUGAGCUGGAUCUCCAACUGUUCCAGAAGGAAACUGUCACCAGGGCCACACCAGGACCUGGAGGGGCCUCGCCUGGGCCUGCGCUCAAGUUUCCCUGUCAUGUGUGUGGGAAGAGGUUUCGGUUCCAAAGCAUCUUGUCCCUUCACGCUCGAGCACAUAGUUUGGACCGAGACCGAAGAGCUUCAUCUCUGUACCGCACUAGACCCCCCUCAUCUUCCCUGAAGCAGCACCUCAAAGUCCAUCAGAACCACAAAGACUUGCUCUCCAAUCACAGAAGUAGCUCAAAUCAGUGUUUACUGCCAAAAACUCUCAUCCAGCAUCUCACGGAGGAGGAGGGUGUCAAUGGAGAGGAUAAAGGUUUAAAUUAUGAUCUAAAGACGGACCAGAACCCAAACUUUCUACUGGAUGACAGCACACCCCUGACCCCUCCGCUCACAGAGGACCCUGUAUCUGUAACCUCCCCUUAUUCCUCUACUGGCGAGGGCUCGUCUGUUGCCACGGUGCCCACGUUUCGCUGCCAUGCCUGCAAGGGAAAAUUCCGCACAGCUUCUGAACUGGCGCGUCAUGUCCGCAUCCUCCACAACCCGUACAAAUGCACCCUUUGUCCUUUCUCUGCCAGCCAAGAAGAGAAUCUGGCGUCUCACUUACAGGAGUGCCACCCCUCCCCUGAGGUGUCGGCCUUGACACCAGCCUUCAACUGCAGGACGAUCAUUGACACGCCAGUGCCCACCCCAACCCACACCCCGGCCCCGACCCCUAGUAACCCUCAGAUUACAUCGGCCGCUGGAGCCUCUGCUCCCUCCUCGGUGCCAGCAUUUCGCUGUGACACUUGUGGCCAGAGGUUUACCCAGUCCUGGUUCCUGAAGGGACACAUGCGAAAACACAAGGACUCCUUAGACCAUAAGUGCCAGGUAUGUGGCCGUGGCUUCAAGGAGCCUUGGUUCCUCAAGAACCACAUGAAAGUUCAUCUUAACAAGCUCGGCCUCAAAGCUGGACUAGGAACCCAUGGUAUUCUCGGGAGUGCUGAGCAGCAGUCCAAAGGCUCUGCUAGUACCCACACCCUCAACUCUCUCUACUCAAGCCUGCUUAUGGCCCAGCGAGGGGGUGGAGCCAGAGGUGGACAAGGAAGAGCGGACAGAGAAACUGGGGGCAGGAUUGACAUGAGCUUAAGCAAGUCCGCCAUCCUGGGAUAUCUUGGCUUGCCCAGUGAUGGCAGUGGUGCCAGUUGCAUGGAGAGACUUCAGGCAGCAGCUCAGGUGGCAGAGAUGGGAAACAGUGGCGGAGGCAUCAGUGGAGGCGGCGACCCUGGCAGAGGAGGGGGAACAUCCAGAGGCACAGGUGAAACCACGUCAGCUAUUUCAGAAGGAGGGGACCAGGCAAACUGGUGGCAACUGGUCGCUCGCAGCCUGGCCGUGGCUCAGCACCAGCAGAGGCCACAGCAACGAGGGCAGCAGCAAGGCCAGCGAGCUCCGGGGCGCAGUUCAGUGAUCACAGAAGCUGACCAAAUCAGGGCCUACCGAUCAGGCCUGGAUGCCAGAGGAGAGACUGGAGGAACUGGGGGGCCUUGGGAAUGCCCGGACUGUGGAAAGUUGUUCCGCAGCCUGCAGCAGAUGGUGGUGCACGCUCGCGUCCACGCUCAGAGGCCGCAGAACCGUGGCGCCGGCGAAGACGAGGGGACUAGCAAUCGAAGAGGAGUGGGGCUAGGAAGAGGAGGCGGCAGUGAAGUGAGAUCGGAAUCCCAGCUGCACAGCGGUGGAUCCCAGCAAAUGGGAGAGUUAAGACAGGAAUCAAAGCUGAACAGCGGUGGAUCUCAGCAAACCGGAGCAGUCACAGGGUUUCACUCUGUUAUUUCAAACUAUAAAGGAGAGAACGGCUUCGCUGCAGUCUCCUCCAUGCCCUCAGUUCCCACCAGGGAGCGAGUGCGUGGCAGAGGGAUAAAAGACUGCCCCUACUGUGGCAAAGCCUUCCGCUCUUCCCACCAUCUCAAAGUGCACCUGAGAGUUCACACAGGUGAGAGACCCUACAAAUGCCCACACUGUGACUAUGCGGGCACCCAGUCCGGGUCACUAAAGUACCACCUCCAGCGGCACCACAGGGAGCAACGCAAUGCCUUAUCAGCUUCCUCCAAUUCCUCUUCUGGCCACGCUUCCAGCAUCCACACAUCUGGAACCCCUGGACUGGUCAAGCAGCGUCGAUCUCAACUCAACCACAGCCCGAUCAACCGAGCCACAGCUGACACACCCACCUCGCGGUCCGGCCAGCAGUCCUGGCUCCUGGGCCUCCCAGACCAACGGGAGCACCGGAAGGCUCUGGCUGCUCUAAGGGAUGUCGACUUGGAGACCCAGUACAGGUAUCUGUCUGGGGUUAUGGGGGCAUUGUACCAAGGAGGAAUGGAGGGAGGAUGGAUCAGGGGGUCCCCUCCACCAAAGACUACUAAAGUGUCCCGACGUAAGCCUCUCACUACUAGUCGAAUGGUUCAGCCACAAAAUGACAAGGAUGAACCCGUGCCAACAACACAGCAGGGAGGGUUUGAACCUUUGGAUCUUUCCCGUCGCACAUCGCCCAGCCACGGGGGAAUGGAGGAGAUUGACAGCAUCAGUGCAGUGGAUGGAGGAGUUGUGUUUGGUGUGGAAGGUGGAAGGGAUACCUCAGCAGGGGUCAAACUGAGCCAGUGCUUGUUCUGCCCUUUCCAUACAUCAUCAGCAGAGCUGAUGGCCAUGCAUAUCCAGGUAAACCAUACAAGUAAGUCCAGGCGCAAGAGGGUCGCCUCGACUCUCCAGGAUGACGACAGAGCCCAAAGGGCCACCAAGCCACGGAUAGAUAACUCCGACCUCGAUCCUCUGACAGUUUGGAGGCACACGAGUGGGGGAGAAUCCCCGGGACCUGUGAGGCACUGGUCUUCAACUCAGCACCAGAUCCCCAACGGCCACCCUGAGGAUAGAGCAGAUCAUCUGGACGAUGCUUCUCAUCACCAAGACUCUAUGGCUUCAGUUGCCAAAAUUGGAAGAGAGGGCCCAAUUGUCAAAGAAAAUACGGAGGAGGAAAAAGAAGAACUCGAUGAGGAAUUUGAAGAGAACAUGGAGAGCAGCAGUGUGGAGGAUUUGCAGGAUCGGGAUUUGAGGAUGUCCCUUGACCUUUCACCAGCUCUGAGCUCCAACCGCAUGGCAGCAGAGGAUACAGAUUAAAGAAGAGAGAUAAGUUCAGUUGUUUCAGCUGUGUAUGUGUGUGAAAACAGGGGAAUGUUGCAAAAUGGCGUCCCUUCAAAGUUUAAUUUAUGAGAAAACAAAAAGAGUCUUGAAGAUGACGUUUAUGUAAAAUGGAGGGGAAAAGUGCUGCUUUAACGGUCCCUCUGGUAUGAUUUGUCUACUUUCUUUGUGACUGUUUAAUCCUCUACAAGAUACACUAAUAUUCCUGUGAUAUCAAAAGGAGCAUGGACGCAACUUUUCAGGAUUUUUGUAGGCCACUUUUGUACCCCCCCAAGACUAACUCACUCCAAGUCAAAGCUUUUUGAGAUGAUAUUCUGUUCGACAAACAUCUGCUAAGGGUCUAGCAUCAUUCCAGAAUCACAGACUUUAAGAUACAUUGCUAUAUGAGCAGUAUAUUCCUCACUAGUACACUGAGUGAGCUGAACAGGUAUCUUUUCCGACUGACCACUGAACAGUUUGACGCUGUCAGCUUCAGCUUCCUCCCCAAUCCACGGAAAGUGUAAAGCUAUUUGGCAUUAAUUUAAGGCAUGAGGUGACUGUUUCCUCGACUGUGUAUCACUGCCUUGUUUUUUCAGUUAAGUGUUUAUCAAUUACUGUCCUAAAAAAACUUAUCUGAAAAGAAAAGUUUGUAUUUUUCUUUUGUUGUUGUUGUAAUCAGUUAGUGCCUGUUCAUGUAUGUCGUCGAAAGAGUCUCUGGCGUCGCCCGAGUCUCACAUAGGUCGCUCAUUUUAUCGGAAUAUACAGUUUCAAAUGAUUUAAAUACGAUAUAUUUGUUAAAAGUGGUUCUAGGGUGUUGUGAAUAGUUGUAAAAGAAAUGCUACGUGAUAGCGUAAUGUUCUCAACACAGACUGUAGCUGGUUUGUGGUUCUUUUCGAAAUGAAUAAUAAUAAAAAAAAAAUGUAAGCGAUGACAAAAUGUUUAAAGACUACGAGAUAGAAAUGGCUCACAGUUUAGAAUUCAGUGUUUACAAUAAUAGCGGCGCUGCGGUCCGUCGUAGUGAACAAACAAUAAAUCGAAGGUUUGUUCGAGGCCUGUAGGGGGUGAGAUCAAGCCCUCUUCCACAAUCAGUUGGCACGUUGUUUAAAGAAAAAAACGUGUCAAAAAGGGACACUUUUUCAUUAAGAUAGAGGGUAGAAAAUGAGAAAUAAAUACAGUCGCUGCCAGACAGAACGAAAUCUGAGGAAUAAGCUGUACAUUUGGGUUAUGGUGUCUUUUAGACGUCUAGAGUCCUUCUUUUCUUUCUUUUCUGUAAAAAAAAAAAAGAAAAGACAAUGGUAGAAGUAAUUAUUAAAACACUAACACAUACUUAGUCAUCCCAGUAGUAUAUGUGUAGCUUUUGUAAAGACAAGAAAAGAACAACCCACAGACUUUUGUUUAUUUUCAUUUCAAGAUGCUUACAGAAAAAGGUUAUCAAUAUAGGUAUUAUUGAUUAUAAUGUUUGUGAGCUAAGACUAGUUGGAAUGUCUAUACAGAGCACUGUGCAAGGUUUGAGUUCCCAAAGUAGUUGUUUUUAUGUUCACUCUAUCGAUAGACCAAACUUUUUGUUUCUCCAAUGGCAGUUUUUGUUGUCAUUUAAAUGUGUACGUGUGUGGUUUGAGUAAAUUGACCCCAUCGAUUAGCAAACAGUUGAGCAGUGUAAUUAAGGCUCAAAGUAAACGUAACUAAGGCUAUGAAAUAAAAAAAA